GAGGAACGCACGUUCACAGCCUGGUCAUUGUGAAUACCUUUGCCUAUUCAGAAAUAUUUCGAAAAAAAAAGUUUAACAACAAGUUUUCGCGCGAUAAUUAGUGAAAUUCAAAAAUGGAACAGUGUUGGAAAUUGUUUUUGAUCACGAUUAUUGCAAUCGUAUCACUGUUAGCUGUAGCGGAAUCGUCAGUGCCUCAACCGAGAGCACCAAACUUCCAGUACUUUGAAAGGCCAAAAUACCGGUACCCAUAUUACGAUGAAAACGGCAAAGGGAAAUUGUUGUAUGGCUAUGGAGGACCUGAAUUAUAUCAAUAUAAAUCGUAUGCCCCUCUCGAAGGCAUACAUUAAAAUAUUUUUAUUCGCCCUUUUUAAGCAUAGACAAUUAAUAUUUUAUUUACACUGUGGUAUGUCUCAAAUUACUUGGCAAUUGGUAAUGAGUUUUUAAAAGUUUAGGAAUUACUUAAGUACCUACCAACUGUUAGCAUUAUG